AUGGCCUCGGGCGCCCCAGUCGAGGUCGUCAGCCUCGGCGACGGCACCGAGAUCAGCCUCGCGAGGGCGCCGCGGGCCGCCCUCCCAAAGGGUCCGAGCAGAUGGGGUCCCGAGCAGAUGGUACCUGGCGUGGAUGACGCGACGUGGGGCGAGGUCAAGACCUACCUGCAGGGCAACCCGGAAAUGGCCAAGAGGCUGAGGGGCUUCUCGCAGAACCCAGACGCCCUGCGCGGCUGGUUGCAGACGCAGGCCAUCGCGGAACACUACCAUGCCAAGCUGGAAGAGGCUGACGCAGCGGUGCAGGAGAAGAUACGGUCUCUCGAGCAGGACGCCGAGUUGGCGCCCGUCCUGGAGGACAUCAAAAAGAACGGCAUAGAGUCGGCUAUGAAGUUCUACCAGGACGAGGAGCUGAUGCUAAAGUUCAGCAGGCGGAUGGGCAGCGUGCCCGCCGAGAUCUCGGCGAAGCUGCAGAAAUUAGACGAGACGGCGCUGAAUUUGCACGAAGCGGCCAGGAACGGCGACCUCAAGAGAGUUCAGGAGUUCCUGGAGAGAAGGCAGCCCCUGGACGCUCAGGACCACAAGGGCGUCACCGCUCUGGGCUACGCCAUCGGUGCGAACCGCAUCGCAGUGGUGAAGCUUCUGUUAGACAGCAGGGCGAACCCUUUCGCGGUGGACUCCAGCGGGAACUCCGGGCUCCACUACGCGGCAGGAUACGGCCGCAAGGAGCUCGUGGAAUUCCUGCUGAAGGCCGGUGCCAGCAUCGGCCAGACCAAUUCCCAGGGGCAGAAGCCCAUGGACGUGGCCAAUAUCAACAGGCAGGAGGACGUCGUCGCGGUGCUGAGAGCCCACGGGGCGCAGUGA